CACACACACACACACACGGCGAGGAGACCGUGGAGCAUGCUGCACACAAAUCGGCCUGCAUUUGCACAAAAAAAAGAGCACAUUUUUUAGAUUUUGUUUUGAGAGAAGAGAUUGCUUAAGGGGAAGUGUUCAAGGCAUCUGACAGGGCAGCUUUUAAUUCAAGUGAUUUUAAUCUAUUUUUUUUAAAGGCACAGGAAGCUCUGCCAACUUGUUUCUUGUACUUACAGCAGCACGGAUUAAAUGGGAGUUGGAAUAAUGGCAUUACAACAUUUUUCAAUGUAAAGACUUGAAGUGUGUGAGCUUCUUCUGGUUUUUUUUUUUUUGGUGCCAUCUGCAGGAAUUGAGUUCAGCCUCCUUUUUUUUUUUUUCUCCUCGGCUGGCAUGAAUCUUUGUGACUUAAAUUCAUAGCACACAUCAUAGGAAGUAGCAUCCAGCUGACCCAGAAAACAUAAAUCAAUGCUUCUCUAAAAAUAGGACAGUUUUUCUAGGUUCAAUUGGGGAGGUUGUUUGCUUUACGAUAUUCAACAACUGGAGUUUCUUUUUUUUUACUCACCACUGCAUCACAGGAUUUAACCAUCAAAUGAACUCCGGAGCUGCCGAUUACCCUCCAGAAAUGACAAAUUGAUUUUUUUUUUCUCCCUUGUUGAAAUGCUUGUGGCUGCACCAGGAGGUCUGGUAUAAAGAGCCGGUGAAGCCCACAGUGGCCACUUCACUAUCAGUCAGGGAGGUCAGGCAGGAGGGAAGCUCAGGGGUUGCAAGGAGACGCACACAGAGAAGCCCGACUGCAGUGUGUCGUGGUCGAGUCGGUCGGCCGGGUCGCUGCUGCUGCUGCUGCUGGGAGACUUCCUGGGCUUCUUGAGCGGCUCUGAAGGAUGACCGCCGCACGGCUCGCUGCUGAAUCCCGGUGAACGAACGGCGUCUCAUGUCCAAACGGCGGAAGGAUGGCUCAUGGCAAAGUGACCAUCGCGGUGGACGAGUACAGCUCCAACCCCACGCAGGCCUUCACACACUACAACAUCAACCAGAGCCGCUUCCAACCUCCACAUGUCCACAUGGUGGACCCCAUUCCUUAUGACAAUCCCAAGCCAACAGGACACACCAGGUUUGUGUGUGUGUCAGACACGCACUCGCGUACAGACGGCAUCCAGAUGCCCUACGGCGACGUGCUGCUGCACACGGGCGACUUCACCGAGCUGGGCCUGCCCUCCGAGGUUAAGAAGUUCAACGACUGGCUAGGUAUUAACCUGCUUAAGACACACACACAUUCAUCCGGUCGCACGCAUGUUUUUCACACUCGCACAAAGCUGACGGGCUGAAGCUCGCACGUGAACAGAGGGACGGGCCACCAGACGUGAUGCACGUAUAACCAGGAGCUGGACCACACAAUGACUUCCACCCCCCACUGUUGACUCACAACUGCUGUGCUAAAGUGUCCAGUUUAAUCCUUCUGACCUAACACCCUGGCUCAGUUAACCUUUGACCCCUCCCUCUGGCCCCAUGCUGUGGGUGGGAGCGCUGAGCUGCGUGUGUGUGUUUGAUCUGUCCCAGCAGCAAGUGUUUCUUCUCUAGACCCUACAGGGGAGAGCUGAAGCAUUUUUUGGCCCUCUAAUGUAGUCAUGUUUGUCUGAUGUUCUCUCUCGCCAAGGGCAUAAAUCAAUAAGUGCCACCCAAUCGCACUGGCCUGUAAAGUUUUAACACAUUUGAAUUCUUUUGUCUAUGCUUCAGUCGUUUGUGUUUUUGCCAGUUGAUCAGCUCUCAGCAGGUGAAACAAAACGACCGGAGCACAACGUCUAAAAGAUGGAACACAAAGCAAAUUUUAGAGUCACGAUUUCAUAUAAAGAAAAUUUAAAGACGCAAGUGGACAAAUUUGCCCCGUGAGGCAGAGACAUACGUUUAAAACUCAGACCCUAUAUUUAUAAGUGUUGCGUCACCCAUUGGUUUGUGGAUUGCAGGUUUGAAGCCUCAAGUCCGAUAUUUUGGUUGUAGCCAGUUUACUUUUUAGAAAUGACUAUAUUUCUGGAUAAGAGGGUGGCGCUGUGGAAGAAGGAGGCCCAGCAGAUUGCUGUUAUCAGCGGGCACGAGGUAGCUAGCUAGUUUGAUUAGCAUGGUGCAUUCGUAAUUAAAGUUAUCUGUGACAGCGAAAACACAGGCUUCUUUGUAACGAACAGCCGGCUCCUUAGUGUCUUUUUGUACAACCGCUUGCUGAACAAUGAAACUGAUUGAUGUGCAUGCUAGUUGCACCCAGUGACUCUCAUUGGCUGUGAGGGGAGAGAAAAGUUCCAAAAGUCCAGUGGCCAAGGGCGAAAUUUACUUUGUGUUCUAUCUGAACAGAACUCCGCAAUUUUCACUCAAUAGUGCAGCUUAUGCUCAAAAAAGUGGAAAAGAGGAUGAGACGAUUCAAGAAACAGAAAGUGGCUCAAAGGGAAGAUUUUAGAUUGGCUUUUACAUCAAAAUCCAUGUUCAUUUACCAAUCAUGACAUACUUUUUCUGCUGGGAGGGAUGUGUAUAUGUAUGUAUGUAUGUAUGU